UUUUCAGGUGGUUUGUCCCUAAGCGGACACCAUCGCUGCUGAAGCAUCGCAUCCAUGUGGAAAAUAGGAAUUUGAAACAUGUGAAAUGACUUUCUUACGCAGAGCUAAAGAGUGGGAAAUAUCUGAAUCAGAGGAAAGUGAUGUUGAACCAAAACCCGAUUUAAAUCGAGAAGAACAAACUUCUCCAAUCAAAAAGGACACCGAGUCCUCCUCCCGCACGGCGAGUCCAGGACGAAAACGCCGCACUAAAGAGGAGAUCGAAGCUGACAGACGGAAAACCAAGGAGAGGAAAGAUGCCAGGGAAAGGCAGAGAGCCGCCAGAGCCCAGGAGAAGGAGGAGAAGAGGCGGGAGCAGCAGAGGAGAAGAGAGGCCGCCGAGGAGCUCAAGCAACUCCGGCCAGAAAACUGCAUUAAAAACCUCAACGUCUGCAUUGACGCAGCUCUUCUACAGCAGGACGGCUCUGACCUCCUGCUGGACACCCUGGCUGCUCUGGAGUGGAGGUUCACCAUYGACAGCCAGCAGGUCUCUCACAGCAUCACCUGGACCAGAGACUUACCUCAGCAGGGAGACAACGGUCAGGUCYCUGUGGACGAGGACCAGAUGGUCCUGGUCCUGACUCUGGAGGACUUUGUGGAAAYAGUAACCUAUGUAAAAGAAAUGUUGGACGAUGAAGGGGUGGAGUCAGGGACAGGGACCGUCCUGCGUCCACUUUUGGAGUUUUUCAACCGGGACAUCAAGGAGGUGGUGACGAUGUUGGUGAUGGACUGUGAGUCAGCUUCCAGGACAGAAGUUCGUGGCGAGUCUUUGCCACAACAGAUUCUACGAUCCAAACUGGGGAUGAAAAAUCUGGACCUAGAGGAGGUGCUCCUGUACCUCCAACUCCACAAAAAUGUCUCUGUGGUUUUUCUGGACAGCUGGCAGGACGUCACUGACCAUGUGUGUACCGUCACUAAGGCUCUGUCGAAACGCCCAUUCAAACUCCUGACGGAGCGGUCGGAGCUGCCGUUCUGCGCCGAYGGUUCGUGGGCCGCCGGGGCUCGCGUGGAGAGGGACGGCUCGGGGCUCAGGACCGUCUGGAGCAGGCAGAUCCAGCAGCUGAACAGAGUCAGCCCCGCCGUGGCCGCCACCGUGACCCGGUCCUUCCCGUCGCCUCAAGCGCUGCUGCAGGUAGCACAGGUCCUACCUGUUCGGUCCUGCGUUCCAAACAGCRGUCAGAGCGUUUGUUGUUUUCAGGCUUACMGGAAGUUGGGGUCGGAGGUGGAGAGGAGAGGGAUGCUGAAUGGUGUCGCAGUCCGAACCGAAGGGAAAGAAAGACGGAUCGGCGCUGAGAUUUCAGCCAGASUGUACCGAUACUUCUCAGCCCAGAACCCUCAGCUGGUCCUGGACUAAUCUGCGCACUUUAAAAACUUGAAACUUCACUUGAAGAAGAUCAACCUACUGUAUUCUUGGUGAUGUUUACAAGCUAGCACUUUAUGUAAAUAAAUACAUAUAUAUGAAAUCUGGGAAAAUUGAGAUGCAUGAGUGACUCUGUGAGCUGAUGUGAUUUGGGUAUAAAAUGAGCCACACCAGAAGUUUCUAGUUUUGAUUUAUUUUACAGAACAGCCUGAGUAAGAAAGCUUAUAUUCAAAUAACUGUAAAUAAGAUAUAAAAAAAUAGUAGAAAAAAAAAA